AUGUCAUCCAAGGUCUCGCCGCGGAUCCAAGAAGUCCGAGAUCUGCAGAAACAGGAUCCCUCGAAAGCAGCGGCUAGUUACCAGAACAUCCUCUCCGAGGGCCCCGGAUCUACAGAAGCCUCUUCGCGAGACUAUGAACAUGCCUUGGUAGGGCUCGGUCAGUUGCAUCGGGAUGCGAAGAAGCCACAGGAGAUCGCAGAUCUCAUCAAGACGAGCCGUGACACCUUCUCGUCAUUCGCCAAAGCGAAGACGGCCAAGCUGGUUCGCCAACUCUUGGACCUGAUUAGCGAAAUCCCCAACACACUCGAACUUCAAGGCAGCGUCAUCCAAUCAUGCAUAGAAUGGGCUAUCACCGAGCGGCGGUCAUUCCUUCGCCAGGCUCUCCAAGCCCGACUCGUUGCCAUCUACAUGCAGAAGCAAUCCUAUUAUGACGCUCUUACUUUGAUCAAUUCUCUCCUCCGUGAGCUGAAGCGCCUGGAUGAUAAGCUUAUGCUGGUGGAGGUACAACUGCUUGAGUCGCGUGUUUAUCAUGCACUGGGCAACCAAGCUAAAGCACGCGCUGCUUUGACGGCAGCUCGGACGUCUGCUGCUUCCGUUUACACACCACCAAACCUGCAGGCCGGUCUGGAUAUGCAAAGUGGUAUGCUGCACGCUGAAGACAAGGACUUCACCACCGCAUACUCUUAUUUCAUCGAGGCACUUGAGGGUUACAACUCGCUCGACGAAGGUGAUCUGGCCACGGCGACCCUGCAGUAUAUGCUUCUUUGCAAGAUCAUGCUGAACUUGGUGAAUGAUGUCACACAGCUACUGGGUUCGAAACAAGCGCAAAAGUACGCCAGUCCCCGUCUAGAGGCGAUGAAGGCCGUGGCACGGGCGCACGCCAAUCGGUCUCUCGAAGAAUACGAGAGAGCGCUCUCGGAUUACCGUUACGAACUGGGCAGCGAUGUAUUCAUCCGAAACCACCUCCGCCGUCUUUACGAUGCCAUGCUGGAACAGAACUUGGUCAAGGUCAUUGAGCCCUUCAGCCGGGUCGAACUGGACCACAUUGCCAAGAUGGUGGGUUUGGACACACAACAGGUGGAGAGGAAAUUGUCCCAGAUGAUCUUGGACAAGGUCAUUAUCGGCGUAUUGGACCAAGGCUCGGGAUGUCUGAUUGUGUAUGAGGAGACACAAAGGGACCAGGCUUACGAUGCAGCACUGGAGACCAUUGAAAAGCUAGGCAAUGUGGUGGAAGGUCUGUAUACUAACCAGGCGUCUCUUUUGGAGUAG